AAAACCCUAGCACAUUUCACUCCUCCCUUUCUCUCUUUCUCGCCGCAGAUCCAAAACCCUACCCCUUUCUCCUCCUCCUCCAAUGGCUUUCAUCAAAGCUUCAAAACCCCGCGCCUACUUCAAGCGCUUCCAGGUCAAGUACAAGCGCCGCCGCGAAGGCAAGACCGACUACCGCGCCCGCAUCCGCCUCAUCAACCAAGACAAGAACAAGUACAACACCCCCAAGUACCGCUUCGUCGUCCGCUUCACCAACAAGGACAUCGUCGCCCAGAUCAUCUCCGCCACCAUCACCGGCGACCUCGUCCUCGCCUCCGCCUACGCCCACGAGCUCCCCCGCUACGGCCUCGAUGUCGGCCUCACCAACUACGCCGCCGCCUACUGCACCGGCCUCCUCCUCGCCCGCCGUGUCCUCAAGAAGCUCGAGAUGGACGCAGAAUAUGAAGGCAACGUCGAGGCCACCGGCGAGGACUACUCCGUCGAGCCCGGCGAGAGCCGCAGGCCGUUCCGGGCUCUGCUCGAUGUCGGCCUGGUGAAGACCACUACCGGAAACCGGGUUUUCGGAGCGCUGAAGGGAGCUUUGGAUGGGGGAUUGGAUGUGCCUCACAGUGAGAAGAGGUUCGCUGGGUUUUCGAAAGACUCGAAGCAGCUGGAUGCCGAGGUUCACAGGAAGUAUAUCUAUGGGGGCCAUGUGGCGGCUUAUAUGGGGACUUUGAUUGAGGAUGAGCCGGAGAAGUACCAGACUCAUUUCAGCGAGUACAUCAAGAAGGGGAUUGAGGCCGAGGGGAUCGAGGAGCUGUACAAGAAGGUGCACGCCGCGAUUCGGGCGGAUCCUCUGGAGAAGAAGACUGCCAAGCCGGAGCCCAAGGCGCACAAGAGGUUCAACUUGAAGAAGCUGACUUAUGAGGAGAGGAAGAACAAGUUGAUCCAGAGGUUGAAUGCCUUCAACUCGGCUGCUCAAGGCGAUGAGGAUUCGGAUGAUGAGUGAAGAAUGGCAAUGGCAGCAUCGGCAUCGGAUGGGAUGCUGUGAGGUCUACUUGCUUUUUGUUAUUUCGUUAGACAGCUGCUUUUUAUGUUAUGAUGAUGACUCUAAGAUGGAUUUUGUCUUUAUAUUUCUAAGUAUUUUGGUAUUUAUGUUGUUUGAGAUACUUGCUAGAAAUGCAAUUCAAGUUUUUGCUAAA